AACGAUAGUUUACAUACAGAAGGUGGUGAUAUAACAAGAGAAUUAAAAUCAAAAGGACAACCUCAUAGUAAUCAACCUUUGAAGAAAGUGAAGUCUUCAGGUGAUUUGUUUGAAAAUAGACGAGGCUCCACCGCAAGUGCCUUAAAUGUUCCUGGUGGGUUUAGAAGAGAGUUCAUAGUGAAUAAAGCUAGAGAACGCGCAAUUUUAAAUGAUGAAGAAUUGAGAAAAGUUCCAUUUUUAACUAAAAACUUUAUGGAGUUUUUAUACAUUUAUGGUCAUUUCGCUGGUGAAUCAUUUGAUGAUGAUUUCAACUAUACUGAUCAAUCUGGCGAUUCUGAAGCUGUUUCUUGGAAUGAAGAAACUCCAUUGAUUCCAACACAAAGUAAUACAAAUAAGAUAAGAUAUGAAGCUAAGGGAACAACAUCCACCAUGAAGGCCUUUUUGUUGAUGUUGAAAUCAUUUAUUGGUACAGGGGUAUUGUUUUUACCAAAAGCUUUCAGUAAUGGUGGGUUAUUUUUCAGUAUAGGGAUGUUGGCAAUAUUUGGUGUUUAUUCCUAUUAUUGUUAUUAUAUCCUAGUCACUUCGAAAAAUGCUGCAAAAGUGUCUUCAUUUGGUGAUAUUGGUGGGAAAUUAUAUGGUCCUUGGAUGAAAUUUUUAAUCUUGAUGUCAUUAGUUUUAACCCAAAUUGGAUUUGCUUGUGCUUAUAUCAUCUUCACAACUGGGAAUCUAACAGCUUUCUUCAACAAUGUUACAAAUUGGAAUAUUAAACCUGAUAUGUUUUUCUUGUUACAAACUCUUAUAUUUAUUCCACUAUCAUUUAUAAGAAAUGUUUCCAAAUUAUCAUUACCUUCCUUGAUGGCUAAUUUCUUCAUCUUUGCAGGUUUAUUCAUUGUUUUAUUUUUCACCUCCAAAGAAAUCAUCAACAAUGGGACCAAACCAAUUGAGUUAAUCGUUAACGAAUCUCAAUUUUCAUUAUUCAUAGGUACUGCAAUCUUUGCAUUUGAAGGUAUUGGAUUAAUCAUCCCAGUGCAAGACUCAAUGAGACAUCCAGAAAAAUUCCCAUUAGUUUUGGGUUUAGUUCUUAUUACGAUCACCAUUUUGAUGAUUGUCAUUGCGUCAAUUGGGUAUCUAGCAUAUGGUGAAGAUAUCCAAACAGUUAUUUUGUUAAACUUGCCACAGACCAAUUUCUUUGUCAACUUGAUUCAAUUUUUCUACUCUUUAGCCAUUUUAUUAUCAACACCAUUACAAUUAUUCCCAGCAAUUGGUAUAAUUGAAAAAAGAAUCUUCAAAAAAUCAAAAUCAGGAAAAUUCAAUACAAAAGUGAAAUGGUUCAAGAAUUUAUUCAGAACAGUAUUUGUAUUGUUUUGUAUGAACGUUGCUUGGUUUGGUGCUAAUGAUUUGGAUAAAUUUGUUUCAUUUGUUGGUUGUUUUGCAUGUAUCCCAUUAGUGUAUAUGUAUCCUCCAUUGUUACAUUUUAAAAGCUGUGCUCAAGGUGAUAAAUGGGGUCAAAUUCUUGAUGUGGUGUUGGUUAUCAUUGGUGGUUGUUCAAUGGCUUACACUUCAUAUCAAAUUAUUCAUGGCUAG